AUGCAGCUCCUCGCGGGGCUCAAUGCUGCCCAGCGAGCAGCAGUCACCUCACCGGCAUCGGUCCUGCAAGUCCUGGCGCCCCCAGGCUCUGGUAAAACGAAGACGUUGACCUCUCGAGUGGCCUACCUUCUGUCGCACCAUGGUCACAAUCCUCAGAAUGUCAUCUGUUGCACAUUCACCAUCAAGGCUGCUCGGGAAAUGCGAGAACGGCUACGUGGUCUGGUCGGGGAUCAGCUCGAGUCCAAACUGGUCCUUGGAACAAUACAUUCAAUCUGUCGUCGUUAUUUGGUUGCCUAUGGUCACCUCAUUCGCAUCCCCAAGGGAUUUGGGAUUGCAGAUACGUCAGACAGCAAUAGCAUCAUCAAGCGAAUCUGCAAGCGCAUGAACCUCUCGAUCGAACCGAAGGUUGCAAGAGCAAGGAUUUCGAGUCACAAAGCAAAGGGCAAAGCAUUGGAAGAUCUACCGAAGAGUCCGCCAAAGCAGCUUAAAGACCAGGAGUUUGUCACAGUCUUUCAUGAGUAUGAAGCGGCAUUGGCGACCUCUAAGCUGUUAGACUACGAUGACUUGCUGCUAAGAUGCGUCGACCUUCUUCGGGCGUACCCUGCCUGCGUCUCCAAUGUCGAGGCCCUGCUGAUUGACGAGUUUCAAGACACGAACAUCGUGCAGUUUGAACUUAUGAAACUGUUGGCGUCGAGAAACAGAAAGAUCACUGUUGUGGGGGAUCCUGAUCAGAGCAUCUAUGGAUUCAGAGCAGCCGAGAUUGAGAAUCUCAACCGCAUGAAGGCAUUCUACCCCGAAACAGUGGUCAUCAACCUGGAAGAGAACUACCGAUCGACGUCGGCUGUGUUGAAGCUCGCCCAGGAUGUCAUCGAACAGGACGAGAGUCGGCCCCAGAAGAGGAUGAAAGCAACACACUGCCAUGGGACUAGACCUGUUCUCCGUCGGUUGCCUAAUCCUAACGAAGAAGCGCUAUGGAUUGCCAGCGAGAUCAAGAGAACAAUGGGAAUGACCGGCGGUCUGCUUCUGCAAUCGGACUUUGCAAUUCUCCUUCGAUCGGCAUAUCUGUCACUACUCAUUGAAAGAGCCUUGACGACCGCCGGCAUUCCAUAUCGCAUGGUUGGAGGCCAACGUUUCUUUGAUCGCGUGGAAAUCAGGGUCAUCAUCGAUUAUCUUCGCACCAUAAGCCAUCCUGACAACAAUCAGGCGUUCCUCGCCAUCAUCAAUACUCCUGCACGGAAAAUUGGGGAGACUUCAAUCGCUGAAAUGGUCAAGCUUAGUGAGGAGAACAAAAUCUCGCUCUGGACUGUGGCGCAACAGGUCCUGGUCGGCGAGCUAAAGCCAGCGAAAAAGUUGUCGAAACCCGCAGAACAAGAGCUAGGCCGUCUCCUCAACCUCAUAAAGACAGGUCGACAGAAGAUGGAUACGGCGUCUCCACCGGCUACGGUCCCUUCAAAAUUGAUCGAUUUCAUUGUCAAGUCUCUCGACUACGAAAGCUUUCUCCAGAAGAAAUACAAGGAUGAUCAUGAAGACCGAGUUGAAAACGUCAAGGAACUCGUCACCCAUGCGUCCGAGGUCCUGCUGCAACCGGCUGCCGAGGAACCACUCGCAAGCAUUGAAGGUGUGGAGCAACAAGUCUCAAACGGUGGCCGGGAAGUCCUGGCUCAAUUUCUGGCCAACAUUGUCUUGUCGACAGAUGUUGAGAAUGAAGAAGGUAAUGACAAACCUCGUGUCACCAUCUCGACUAUCCACUCGGCAAAGGGUCUCGAGUGGCCAGUUGUCUUCAUUCCCGCCAUCUAUGAAGGAUCCAUUCCUCACUCAAGAGCUGAGAACACCGAUGAAGAACGACGAUUGCUUUACGUUGCCAUGACCAGAGCACAGGCUCUCUUGACUAUGACUUUCCCAGUACUCCAAUCUCGAGAUCAGGGCGAGUCGAUCCUCACCCAGUUUCUCCCGAGCGAACUCCACCAUGGUACCUGCAGAGCAGGGCCGUUGUUCGAUGAUCGCGUGAUCAAUGAUAUCGCGAGCAUUCUUAAGCGGUCUGUUCCUUCACAGGAGGACUUGGCGAAGAGCGUGCAAACUUUGGACGGCGAGGAUAGCAGAGAAGAUGAUGUCUGGCCGUGUGACGGCAGUCGUCGGCCUACCCCAAUGUUGGCUGCCGACAGUCACGCUCUGCCAGAAUUCGGGAGACCGCUCGGGGAAGUUCUCGCAGCUCAAAAGCAGCAAUAUCGGCCUUACUCAACAAUGGCAGCACCCAACCGUGUGGUGGGCUCCAGUAGCCACGAGGUCGCCACUACCAUCAGCAGGACUGGCAGCUUCUCAACCUCAAACAUGUCGCUCGGCUUCACUACUGCAGGUUAUCAAUUGAAAAAUGUCUCCGAACGCGCUCCGGCCUCGUCAGAACCGCCACCUCCCUUGAAGAAACCAAAGCUCACCAAAUCAGCAUCAGCGCAGGGUAAUAUUGCCGGUUUCUUCUCAAAACCUGCCACGCAGGCACCUCGACCCUCGCUCGAAGCAACGCCCGCUCCAGCAGUCCGGGAAAUAUAUCACCAACGACAGCAAGAUCACGAACUCAAGCAGGCGAAACAGACAUGGCAGAGUCCCGAAAGUUAUUCCUUCGGCUCCGGCAUCCCACAAGAACUUUCCUCACACAAGUUAAACGCCGGCAAUGGGAUACGGUACCGUCCACCCGCCCCAUUACGUGACGCGAGCGCCUCCUCCUCCUCUUCUACCAAACGAUACGCCGGUCUAUACAGUUCCUCACCUCCACGCGCAGAUGAUGAGGAGCGAAGUCCGCACAUCCGACUUACUGGUGAUGAGAACCAGGGCGUUGCCAGGACGCAGGACUCGAAACUCUCGCUUCCGUCUCCACAGGGCGGUCUCAAGGCAGUUCCUCGGCUUGAUAGCGGUGCUACGAAGCCCGCCAUGACGAUGCAUAAAACAAGUAUGGCGUCCGUGUCUGCUGGUUUCUCAUUCUCAUCGGUGGUGGGCUCCAAUCCAGGCGUCGGCAGGAAGACCCUCGGUGUUAGGCGCACGAUGAACGGGUGGAAUGAUAGGAGACAUAAGUAA